GUUUGUGUUCUAAAAAAAUUCCCAUGUGACAAAUGAUGAGCAUUAAUUAGCUAAAUCCGCAGAAAAAUAUUAAUAAUAAAGAAAGAGAAACAGAACUUGUCCACUUGUUUCCUUCCAUCCAAAUUACAGAUAUAAAAAUUUUCCAUCUCCCCUCUAUCGCCAUAUUUUCAUACAAAUAAAACAAAAUGAGCCCUGCAGAUACCUCCUCCGAUAUCAUCUCCGACGAAUCCAAGAUUCCUCUUCUUCCCGUCCACGAUCAAACAAUCCAACGUCGAUCAAGCUCCCAUUCAUCUCUGAAGGAUUCCCUUCUCACACCAGCCAAUUUCUAUAUCCUCCUAGGGCCUCUUUUGUGUGCCAUAAUAUGCCUGUUGGUGAAGUUAGAUGCUCCGGUGAAUAGCAGGAACAUGUUAGCCAUUCUUGCGUGGAUGUUCUCUUGGUGGCUCACGGAGGCUGUGCCUAUGCCGAUCACUUCGAUGGCACCUCUGUUUCUGUUUCCAUUCUUCGGAAUUGCUUCUGCUGAUAACGUUGCUAAAUCUUAUAUGGAUGAUGUGAUUGCUCUUGUUCUUGGAAGCUUUAUCCUGGCUCUUGCUGUUGAGCAUUAUAAUAUACACAAGAGAUUGGCCUUAAACAUAACCCAUCUGUUCUGCGGAGAUCCUGUAAAACCACCACUUCUCCUCCUUGGAAUAUGCGGCACCACAGCAUUUGUCAGCAUGUGGAUGCACAACGUUGCGGCGGCGGUGAUUAUGAUGCCCGUGGCGACAGGGAUUUUGCAGCGGCUGCCGGUGGGUCCAGUCCAAGGACAAAACAAUGUGGUGGGAAAGUUCUGCAAGGCAGUGGUCCUGGGGGUGAUAUACUCUGCAGCUGUUGGAGGGAUGAGCACUCUUACGGGGACGGGUGUCAACCUGAUAUUGGUGGGGAUGUGGAAGAGCUAUUUUCCACAGGCAAAUCCUAUCAGCUUCAGCACUUGGUUCUUCUUCGGGUUUCCUCUGGCUUUGGUAAUUUUCCUUGCUUUGUGGGCCAUACUUUGUUUGUUGUAUUGCUCAAGAGGUUCAGGCCAAGUCCUCUCUGCUUAUUUGGACAGAGCUCACCUUAAGAGAGAACUUGAAACUCUAGGUCCAAUGGCUUUUGCUGAAAAGUCGAUUUUAGCCAUAUUUGGGAUGCUAAUAGUUUUAUGGAUGACAAGAAGCUUAACAGAUGAGAUUCCUGGUUGGGGAGCUCUCUUCAAUGGACGUGCUGGGGAUGGAACUGUCAGUGUUAUGAUGGCAACAUUACUAUUCAUAAUACCAAGCAAGAAGCAAAAGGGUGAGAAAUUGAUGGAUUGGAACAAAUGCAAGAAGCUACCAUGGAACAUCAUAUUACUCCUAGGAGCUGGUUUUGCCAUUGCAGAUGGAGUGAGGACUAGUGGCCUGGCUGAUGUGCUUUCAAAAGCAUUGGACUUCUUGGAGGAAGCACCAUACUGGGCAAUUGCCCCUAUUGUGUGUCUCAUUAGUGCCACAAUCACUGAAUUCACUUCCAAUAAUGCCACAACCACACUCUUGGUCCCUCUGCUCAUUCAAAUUGCAAAAUCUAUGCAUGCCCACCCACUGCUGCUUAUGGUUCCUGGAGCAAUUGGAGCACAAUUUUCUUUCUUGCUUCCAACUGGAACACCUUCCAAUAUUGUAGGGUUCACUACUGGGCAUAUUGAGAUCAAAGAUAUGAUUAAGACUGGGUUGCCCCUCAAGAUUGCUGGUAUUACAGCACUUGCUUUUCUAAUGCCUACACUAGGAGCUUAUGUUUUUAGGACAAAUGGAGAAGUUCAAUAAACAUCUGCAUAGUCUUGUGUGAUCAGCAGCUGGUCUCUUCCUCGUUGUAGGGCUUGAAGAAUUGAAGUUAUAUAUUUUGUGCAAUCAAAGUGAAAUGCUCUUCUUGUUUCCAAAUUUUCCUUCUAUAUUUUUCUUUCCUGUUAUUGUAAAUGUACAUAUCUAGUGAUUCACAAUUAGAAUGCUAAGUUGUUGUUAUUAUUAUUAUAUUAUUAUUAUUAUUUUUGGCACAA